AUACGUCAGAGGUUUUGGCAGCCCGUGGGUGAACUAUUUUCUUCAUUGUUGACCUUUCCUAAAUCUUAGGUGUAAUUAUUUCAUCAUUAGGAGUAUUCAGACUGUAUCAUAAUAAUCUAGUUAAUAAUUAAUUUAUCUCUACGAUGGACUCCGAAGACGACACGAAAGACGAUGUGGAUUCUGGUAACGAAUCUAGUGGAGACGAUGUCGACUUUGUCAUGGACGAGACCCACAGUACAAGGGAACGGCAAACGGAACUCGAAGAAUACCCCUACGAAGUGUUAUCUACGGAGGAAAUCGUCCAACACAUGGUUGAUUGCAUCAAAGAAGUUAAUACAGUAGUUGAGAUACCUGCCACAACAACUCGCAUACUUCUGAAUCACUUUAAAUGGGACAAAGAGAAGCUAAUGGAAAGAUUCUAUGAUGGGGAUCAGGACCAGUUGUUUGCUGAGGCUAGAGUAAUAAAUCCUUUUAGAAAACCUGUCAUACAAAGGCCGAAGUUACCCAGACGGAUAUCAACAUCAGGGGCUGAGGAAUGCGAAAUAUGCUUUACAAUUCUUCCAACUUCAAUGAUGACAGGCUUAGAGUGUGGUCACAGAUUUUGCACACACUGCUGGUGUGAAUAUUUAACAACUAAGAUAAUGGAAGAAGGCCUAGGACAAACAAUAGCGUGUGCGGCGCAUGCGUGCGAUAUCCUGGUUGACGACGCGACGGUCAUGCGGCUCGUGAGAGAGCCGCGCGUCAAACUCAAAUACCAACAUAUUAUCACUAAUAGUUUUAUUGAGUGCAACAGGUUGCUCCGCUGGUGCCCGUCUCCUGACUGCAGCAAUGCGAUCAAGGUUGCAUACGUGGAAGCGGCGCCGGUGUCGUGUCGCUGCGGGCACACCUUCUGUUACGCAUGUGGAGAGAACUGGCACGACCCCGUCCGGUGUUGUCUACUCAGGAAGUGGAUCAAGAAAUGUGACGAUGACUCGGAGACGUCAAACUGGAUAGCCGCGAACACGAAGGAGUGUCCGAAGUGCAACGUGACGAUAGAGAAGGACGGUGGCUGCAACCACAUGGUGUGCAAGAACCAGAACUGCAAGGCGGACUUCUGCUGGGUGUGUCUGGGGCCCUGGGAGCCGCACGGCAGCAGCUGGUACAACUGCAACAGUAUGGACAGAUACGACGAGGACGAAGCUAAAGCAGCACGCGACGCGCAGGAGAGGUCGCGGGCGGCGUUGCAACGCUACCUGUUCUACUGUAACCGAUACAUGAACCACAUGAAUUCCCUGCGCUUCGAGUCCAAACUCUACGCUUCCGUCAAAGCGAAGAUGGAGGAGAUGCAACAGCACAACAUGAGUUGGAUUGAGGUGCAAUUCUUGAAGAAGGCGGUAGACAUCCUCUGCCAGUGCCGGCAGACGCUAAUGUACACGUACGUGUUUGCGUACUAUUUACGCAAAAACAACCAGUCCGUCAUCUUUGAAGACAACCAGCGUGACCUGGAGUCCGCUACCGAGACUCUAUCAGAGUACCUAGAGCGCGACAUCACUAGUGAGAACCUGGCUGAUAUCAAGCAGAAAGUUCAGGACAAAUACAGAUAUUGCGACAGCCGGCGUAAGGUUUUACUGGAGCACGUGCACGAAGGCUACGAGAAAGACUGCUGGGACUAUACAGAGUAAACACCCCCUUCUUUGUCCGACAUACUGUCAUGUCACAUCUUAGCUAUCUCCCACGCACCACUCAUGACUGCACGCUAACACUAUGACAUAAACAUAGACUAUGCCAAAUAUUUUGACAACUGUACAUAUGAGCCAGGAGCUUAAAAAAAAUUAAAGUACGUUUUUAAAUUCAUUGUUUUUCGCCACAAGGUUCAAUUAAGGGUAAUUUUAUCAUAUACUCAGAGAGGGCUUGUCAUAAAAUAUAAAUUAUUAUAUGUGAAUUAGUAUGAUUUUUCGUUUGAAUAAUUUACUUGAAAUUCAUGAUUGAAUACUAGGCCUCGGUAUUUUUAACGACGUAUGGUAAAAAUUAUAACAAACCAUCGAUCAAAGCAUACAACUUGGCAAUGGUACGCCAAUUUACAUAAUUUCAUGUGUGGUAUCUUAAAGUCAUCAAAGAAAUCUAUAGAAAUAAAUAACAUAAUGCGUUUUCUCAAAUAGUAUUUGGUUGUUAUCAGUAUGUAGUUGAAAGAUCUCAUGAAUUAAUAUUUCUAUUAGUGUCACUACUAUUGGUACUUUGUUAUAUAUACAAGACUCGUGGAAUUCGAAAGUUUGACAGGUGCCACAUCUAAAAAGUCUUGCAUGCAACAUGCCAAAUUAUUUAAAAAUAAAAUAGGCAUGAUGUUUAAUUUCGAAUAACUGCAUUAUGUUUGGAACUAUCCACUAUGUAUUUACUAUGUAAAAAUAUCUUAUUUUUGCAGAAAAUUAUAUUUAGGAAAAUUAUUUCACGCGAGAACGCAUGCCAGUUGUUAUUGCCGUACUCGUGAUGUCAUAGGCCAAUAAGAGCUUUAGUAAAUCCUUGUUCCAUAGCUCAAGAUUAUUGAUCUUGGUAUUGUUACCCAAAAACCUAGCAACUGAUGGUUUGAAAUCAAAAAAUUCUUGAUAUACGCUUGGAUUUUCGAAGCUCGAGCGGUACAAAAUUAUGUUUAAAUUUGUAUAGAAGUGAUGUCAUUAUUUUGAAAUCUGCGUUUCAACUGUCAUGGCGGAUCGUUUGAUUUUGCAGUUUCUCUUACUUCGAAUAUGAAUAAAAAUUAUUUUUUUAUGAUUAAUAAUUAAUUAGAUACAUUUUAUAUUUUUGCGAUUCUUUGUAACUGUCAUCAUGCCUAUUGUGGCAAAUUGACGAGUGCCAACGUGUUAUUUUUUGUAGGAUUGCCUUAGUCGAAGUGUUAUGAUUUCUAAGUGACUUUGUUAACUCCAUUGUGACAAGUUAAACAACGUCAACCUGGUUAUUUAUGAUUGGCAGCGUGAUUAAAUUUACGAAUGUCGCACUCAGUUCACACACAUUAAAAUUUAUUGCUUCAUAGUCCAUAAAAUAGUAUUAUCAUUUUGAUAGAGGUUUUUGUUCGACUUCCCUGAAUUUUGUGCUUCCCUAUUGCUCCACCUCCACGAUCGAUUCUUCCGCAGCGAAAGCCUCACGAUCAAAUUCAAGUAUACAUUCAUCCAACGCCCUUCCAGUCGAGCUAAUUGAGGGAGCUUCAACGAAUGACUUGAUCCUGAAAUCUGGUCUAUGCCUUUGUUUAGAGUAAUAAUACAACUUUGAGUAUUAAAACGUAAGUUUAGGUCAAGUGGUAAUGAAGUUACUCAGGAUAAGGGUGUUAAACUCAACAUACGGAACUAAGUCGAGUGACUUUGAAGAGCGAUGAUGAAAACAAAAACUUGCAAACUUGAAUCUCACCCCAAGGUCAGCUGUCAGAAACAGAUUUUAACACUAGCCUUUUGUCACCUGAAUCUUCACAUCAAAAACGUCAGUUACUCUGUUGAUUUGUCGCUCCAUAAGCACUAAUAAGUUCAGGCGGAACAUAUAGAUAAAACAAUUUAGCUACAAAAUAAAAAAUCUGAUAUAAAAUCUUCAGACGGCAGAUUUAAUUUCGUAGUGGUAUUAUUUCCUAACUCCUUCCUUUAGAUAAGGAUAGCAAUACUAAAUUAAAUCUAUCUUCAGAAGGUUUUGAAAUAGACUGAUUAUUAAUUUCGGAUAAUAGAUGAUAUAUACGGUGAAACAAAGUGACGUUGCGAUCAUCGUUGCGGAGAUCCCAACUAUACGAGUUUGUCCGACGGUAUAACGUCGGAAUCAUCUCGAUAAAUUAGGUUGUUGAGGUGGUGCCUUAUAAGUACAUUAAGAAAUAAUACAUUAAAAAUCAUCGUGUUUAUAGUUUGAUUGUAUUUAAUUUAGAUAGUCACCAAAUUAAUUAGGUUUAGUUUUUGUUUGGCGACUGUGGUAAUCAAAUCAUUAGUUAUUUUAUUAUGUAUAUUUGAUAGAAUACCUAUUUAAGAGAAUAAAAUUUCACUCCGUCAUAUUAUGUAAUUCAUGUUUUGAGUGAAAAUGUUUUAAUGUAAAAUGUCGGAUCUCUCUAAGUUUAGAAUUAAUUUCAUUUGUACUAAAACUUUUUUUAGAAUUCACAUUAUUACUAAUUUGUAAUUGUUGUUGAGAUCUUGUCGAAGUAAGUUUCUCAAAAUUGUUUUAGAUUUAUUGUUUUUUUAAUAAUUUUAUCACGCACGACAAAAUAAGCUUUUAUUAUAUAAGCGUCGAAAAUAUAUGUAUAUACAUAAUCAGAUACAUUUAUAUUUUAAGCUGUGGUAUUCCUAACUCAGUGCAGAUUAUUCUGGAAGGGGUCAAAGUGGCAAAAACAAUCUAUCAAAGAGAAAUUAAGACACUGUUCAAGAAUUAAUAAUAUAUUUUUUAGUCAAAAAGCAGGGUGCAGGUAAGUAAUACCGCCAUGCUUAUUUCUGCGAUGGUUUUUCACUAUUCAUCAAGUGAGCCAACUGCUUGGUACGUCAAAUAUUAAUGUAAAAAAAAACAAGUAUUAUAAAUUAACAAGCCAUUAUAAAGUUCGUCGUGAUAAAAUUAUCUCGUAUUAAUGAUUAUAUUUAAAUUUCAAGACAAUAAAAUAAUUAUGUUUGAGGAGGCUUGAUGUAGCGUACAUCUUCAUAAUUAAUGACCCUUUUUGUCGAUUGCGAUAGAGUAUUGUGAUUUAUUCAGACUUGUCAUCAAGUCAAGUCAUUUGAACAUCCGUGACCUAAUUUUCUUUAUAGCGUAAUAAAGGUUGAUUUACACGUAUACUUUACCUUUUUUACUCGUCAUAACUAAAUUUAUCCGUAUUUUAAGUGUGGCAUUAGCCUGCAAGCAAUAUAUUUGUAUUAAUUACGCUGCAAAUUAAAAUUCAACGAAAAGCAAGGUAAAUAAACUAAAUGGAAUUUAUUUUAUCUAUCCGAUGAGUUGGUGGGUAUGGCGAAUCAUUCAACUUUGUAUAAAAUAUAUCAUUGUGUUACCUGAGGUUAAUUCUUUAAGUUUGGUAAAGCGUCGUUUUCGUAUUUCGAAGUAGAACAACGCGUUAUCUCGCUCACAAUCAUUUAGAUAUUUCGCUUCCAUAACUUUGCUUAGCCAAAAAUCUCGCGUAAUGCGAAUUUAAGAACCGAUUUCAUGAUUGGAAUGCGCUUUUGGUCGCCCAUCUUUUGAACACUCCAGAGCUUAUAUUGUAUUAAAUGCAGUGGAAUUAGGUGUUCAAUUGCUAAAAAAAACUGUUUUUUUUAAAAUAAAGGUACCACUUGAAAAUUUAAUACGUGUAAAUCAUUCUUAAAUGAUUGCUUGUAGCUUUUAAUAAUGUUGGCUUUACCUUGUUACAUCUUCAUUUUGAUUAAACUACAUCUUUGAAUCAAAUAGUGGCACAAUAUAAUUAAUAACUAUCGGUUAAGGGAAAAACGAAAAAAAUAUUUUUUACCAAAAAUCCUAUUUUUGUUAUUAGAAUACUGUUUACCGACUAUAAACAUUAAGCUAGUUCAAUAUAUAGUGUGUUUUUAUUCUGUGAUCAAUUCUUUUGACGCCUACAAGGCUAAACUAAUUUUAAUUGAUGGCAGACUUAUCCAUCUUUAACUGGCAUAAUGUAAAAUAUAAAAUCUUUUAUUAACUAUUAUUAAUUUAACUGGCUCUGAAAAACUGAAUAUAAACAAUAAAAAUUCGAUUAAGAAUAUGUUUGACAAAUUCUAAAAUAUAUUUGUAUUAUAAUAGCUAUACUUUUACGCAUAAUCUAUUUCGGAAGUGAUAGACCGGAAGCUCUGCUUGGUUGUAUAAUACUUCUAGCACUACAACAUAUCUGCAUUGGAUUAUGUAACUUAGUUGGUAUUGAUUGUGCAUAAGUCGUUGCACUGCCAGUAAACGUGGUAAAUUAAUAAUUCGAAGCUUAGUUGGUUCACUUAGUGAACUGCGUAAUAAAGUAGGUAGGGUGUCCUCCGUUACACCGUCGCAACUAUAACGGUUCUCCCUCACGGUGUGCGCGGAGGACUACAUUCGACACACACACAUUGUACAUAUUAUAGAUGCUGUAUAAAUAUUUAUACUGUAAUUCACAAUAAUAAUGUAUUGACGGGCAUCUUGUAUGUGUGUCGCGGUGGAGACACGUUUGUCUUAAGAAUUAAGACGGAAAUAAAAAUAGUACCUAACAUC